AUGCAGGUUCGUAUUACGCCCCCCUCGAAGUCAUCACCUCAUGUAUUCUUGAAGUCGGAGCUACCUCGUGAUGCAACUCUCCUUGGCAUCAUGCUAUCCUCAGACAAGACAUGUAUCACUGCAUUGACAGGCAAUCGUGUUGCCCAUCUGUUGCUUAUCAGCCUCGCCAAUAUUCACAUGAAUACACGAUUGAAAUCAUCAUCGAACACUUUCCUCCUCACGGCCUUGCUUCCGGUGCCAAAAUUCGUUCAUAGGAAGAAACAGAUGAAGGGUGUGUUGCAGGAUCGGCUUGUUCACCAGUGCUUGGAUGUUGUACUAGAACCACUGAAGUCGGCUGCUCAGCUGGGCAUUAUGAUGUCAGAUCCAAUCAGACACAGUCACUAUUGCUUCACUCCACUUGCUAGUUACAUCGCCGAUACCCCGGAAGCAAUGAUGCUCGCAUGCGUUGGUGGAAAGACGUCUCCAGUGACUAUGGCCAUGUACAAGCAGUUUGGGGAUGCCUUUUGA